AUGUUCAGAUUUGGGGUAGCCAAAACGGCACUGCAGGCGUUUUCCAGGCCGCUUAACGCCAUCAGAAUGCUGUCCGUGGCCACCGCAUCUCAUAAAUCACCCCUUCUGAUUCUCAAGUUCAAUUCUGCUGCCACAAAUUUGUAUGCCGUUUUCCGGCUCCACAAUAUGCCCUAUUUGGUCACCAAGGGAGAUCGAGUCGUGCUUCCUUUCAAACUCAAGGGUGCCGAGGUGGGCGACCAGCUACGCCUCAGUGACAUAAUCACGGUGGGAUCACCAGAAUACACAUAUAAUGACAAAAAAGGUUUACCGAAAGAAUGGGUUGAUCUUCGAGCGAACGUGGUAGAAAUCACCAAAGAACCAUACUACGAAGUCUACCGGAAGAAACAGCGUUGUAGACGCCGUAAGACGUUUCCUGUGCAACCGUAUCAGACAAUCUUGAUGAUAAACGAAUUAAAGUUGACGUGA